AUGGUGGCGUAUCAUUGGUGGGUGGAUGACUGUACUUGUUUGGUUCUGUUACUUUCGCAAGCGAGCCGUGGAUCUACAGAUCCACCCUACCACCCACACCUCUGGCACCUCCAAUUUUCGACCCGAUUCUCUCAGAUCACACGAUACGAAGGCUUGGCUCAUGCCAACUACUCCGUGGAGCUUAUAGCGCUCAAUGGUCUUGUUUCUCUUGAAGUUUCCCUCUAUGGUACCGAAUGGAACAAGGACUCUCUUGUACUCGCCAGAAUGCGACGGUUGACGGGUCCGACGGAUGAAUCUCAAAACCCUGAACAAGAACUAUCCAGUUGGACGUUCACAAUCUGGCCAGGACCAGCUCUAAUGACAACGGGUGCUACCAGGACAUACGCCAUUGAGCGUGUUUCCAUAUGUGGCGACUCGUUUGUUCUGUAUGACUCGAGGUCAAAAUGCCUAUUCAGUUCGGUCAUCAUCGUCUACUGGUUUAAAUUACCGGAAGGCCCUUCACAGACUCUGGCUUUAUUUCAAAACUCAGGAACUGAUCUCGCCAUCUCCAAAUGCCAGUGUACUUGCUGCAAUUUCACCUUCAAGAUGUUGGCCGUGCACCUGGAUGUUCCCCGCCAGCUAGCAACCGAAAUCCCUCAUGCACUCCAGCUUGACCGAGAACGGAACGCUACUUCCGCUUCCCGAAUCCUCGCUGUCCAGGGUGCAUCCAAUUUCUCUACAACCUAUACUGAUCGCUUAAUCUCGUCUACGCGUUUUACUUCUAUGAAAACUGAGCAUACGGGCAACGAAUAG